AUGGAAAGUCCGCCCAGUUAUCAGGAGCAGCUCCGCCAGCAAAAAAUCUUGGCGCUGAUGGCAAAUUUGGACUAUCUAUUGGUGAUUGCCAGCCGCGAGCAGAAGUCUGUCCAGCAGGUGCGGUACGAGUUCAUGCUCAAACUUCAAGAAGACGCAUAA